ACAAGCUCCGGCCGCGUGUCAGACCCGACUGCGGUGGGCACGGAAGCUCUGCAGCUCGCCGAGCCGAGCGCGGCCCCGAGGCGCCGGCAGGAUGGACUGCUCCCCGUGGUGGGUGCUUGUCACCAUCGCCGCCGUGACCUCGGUCUUGCACGCUCUCUUCUUAGCGAUGCUGUACAUCAUGCUCAGCAGGAAAAUAGAGCAUCUCCGCGGCGGCGAGGCCGGCGGCGGGCCGGCGGCGAAGCCCGAGCAGCCCCCAGCGCUGGUGCCGGCGGGGGGAGCGGCGCCGCGGGAAGCCUACGCCGGAGGCAGCGACACCUCUUCGGAGACGUCCGACGACUCGGACAGCGGCCCGACGGGCCGGCAGGUCCCGCUCUCGGAGGAAAGCGUCAGCUACAGCACGCUGCGCUUCGCCGGGAGGGCUGCGGACUACGAGAACAUGAGGACGGGGGCGGACUACGUCAACGUGGACCCCAAGAAGAAGCAAGUCGACUUCUGGGCUUGCUCCAGCCCCGUGGCGGCCAAGUCCCCGGAGUACACGGAGGUGAAGCUGUGACCGCCGGGGGCCCCCGCGGCCGCCCCGGCCGUGGCGGGGUCCCUCCGCCCACGGGAACGUGCCGCCGCUCCUCGAGACCCCAACCCACGGCUCCAAACAUCCCAGCUGGGCUGGCAUCUCCUUUGAGGCCCCCCCACCUUUUCUUUUAAUUUACUUUGCUGACAGCUGCCAUAAA